GACUGCCCGCCUACCUAGUUGAGGAGCAAAGUCCACCAUUGUCUUUAGCGAAACAGACAGGCGGUGCUUAAACUUUGACAUGGAUGACUGAUAGUAUCUGUUCUUAACGCGCGUCGGCGGUAACCGUCCUCAUCCUCUUGUUGUCCCAAGAUAAUACAUUCGUUAGGCUCACAGUCUUCACAAUGUCUUCAACGCCAGCCACCAAUGGCGCAGGCCUUGUUUCCAUCUCAACUCUGCUGAAAAGGCUCUCAACUGCCGAAUCUGCCCGUGCUGUUCCACCACAAGAAGUCGCGGCGGCACUGGCAUUGAUCUUUGAGAAUCGCAUAUCACCGGUGCAAUUUUCUCUGCUUCUAUGGGCCCUACAUACUACCAAUUUUGAUCACCAGGCUGCUGUUCUUGCAGAAUGUGCAGCGUCGAUGCGAACGGCGGGCGCGCAGGCUGAUAAAGCGGCACUGCAAGCCAUUGUGAAGCGCAAGGCUCGCCAGGAGGGUGCAUAUGCUGGCGGAUUGUGUGACAUUGUGGGCACGGGAGGUGAUGGCCACAACACAUUCAACAUAUCAACCACAUCCUCCAUCGUUGCGUCGGCUUUGCUCGUGAUCGCCAAGCACGGCAACAACUCCUCGACGUCUCUUUCAGGUUCUGCAGAUUUGCUUCAACAUGCACCGACACCCCCGGUGAUCGCAGCAACUACCGCAGGUAACAUCUCUCAAAUCUACGAUCGUACCAACUAUGCCUUCCUUUACGCUCGAGAGUGGCACCCAGGAAUGAAGUAUGGCGCCGCCGUCCGCAAAGAGAUCCCUGUUCGGACGAUUUUCAAUCUACUGGGUCCCCUCGCAAACCCGUUGCAUGAUACCGGACUGGUAGAGGCACGGAUUCUUGGCGUAGCACGCAAAGACAUCGGCCAAAACUUUGCAGAUGCGUUGCAACUCAGUGGCGCGAAGAAAGCAAUGGUGGUGUGUGGCGACGAGAAUCUUGACGAGCUCUCAUGCGCAGGGCCGACACAUUGCUGGUUCAUCCACAGCAGUGAUGGAAGCGUUGACGGGAGCGAUCCGAAGACCACAAUCACGACGAUGACUCUGACCCCAGAAGACUUUGGACUGCCACGGCAUCCCUUGGAUGAAGUGCAUGGUGGGAAGGGUCCGGCAGAGAACGCGGCCAUUCUCAUGAGAAUUCUCCGGAAUGAGAUGCCUGCUGAUGAUCCGGUGCUUCAAUUUGUCCUCCUUAACACCGCUGCGCUACUGACGGUCAGCGGAAUUUGCGAGGCUGACGAGAGCAACAUGGGACCCGGCGAUGAUGGAAAAGUCGUGCAAGAGCGUGGUCCUGGCGGACUUCGCUGGAAAGAGGGCGUGCGCAGGGCAAAGUGGUGCAUCAAGAGCGGCAGUGCUUUGAAGCAAUGGCAGGGGUUUGUGGAGGUCACCAACUCCUUGUCCUCAUCCCUACCAUAGAUUAGAGGAGGUAGAACGAAUAGAUGGUUCCAUGAAAUGACAGUGACGACUAUAGCAGAAAAUAGACAGGCACGUGCACAUUGAUCGAGAACUGCAGGCGACGAUGGUCAAUACAGCAAUUUCGCAUCCCGACUCGUAGAUGGAUUCUGUGGUGUUGGCUAUGUGCUCUGGACAGAAGAGUUCAUAUCAAUGCAGCUGUGAGUGGAAGCACUUCGUUCUGCCCGUCUCUUUUGGGCAAUGGCAUUCCUGGAGGCCAG